AUGUACGAUGAGGUGCUGCGGUGCAUGCAAGCGGUGGCGCUGAUGCUCCCAUGCAUAGGCUGUUUUUUAGAUGCACCAUUUGGAAAGUUUGGACUUCCGAGUGCGUGGAAUGUAAAUGGAAAUGUGGGAUGGAUGUUGAUGGAAAGUGUUGCGCCCUUAGCUGUCUGUGUUAGUUUCUAUGGACAGGUACAAGCUGUAAUACACGCAUGGGCUCGUAUCAUGUUGUGGCUCUUUGUGGCACACUAUGUGAAUCGUGCAUGGAUCCAGCCAUGGAUGAAUCCGCCACGCACGCCCCUUCACAUCUCAGUGAUUUUGAGCGCGAUGGCCUUCAAUGCCGCGAACGGGUACCUGAUAGGCACAUGGCUCGCACGCGGCGGUCCCAUCCAGCACGUAAGCGCGUGGAUAUAUGUUGGUCUGAUGGCUUUCGCACUGGGCUUUGUAGGCAAUGUGUACCAUGAUACACUUUUACGCCGGCUUCGUACGUCGCCCCCACGGACCAAAGAAGAGUUGCUUCGCACGCCGUCUAGGGUUGAAUGGAUCGGCUUUGCAUCUAUGUGUAUAUUGGCUGUACCACAUGAGCGUGCACCGAUCUUGUCGCAUCCGCCGGCUCUCUUUGUGGCGCUCGAAUUGGGCGCUAUGAUGCCGCGUGCCAUUCGUGGCCACGCAUGGUACAAGCGCCGGUUUCGAACGUAUCCAAAAGAUCGUCUUGCUGUAAUUCCUUUUAUAGUGUGA